GGUGUUUCGGGCUCAUUUGCGGCGCAGGACCGUCAGACUACUCGUUGGUCGAAGUUGUCUCACUUUCCAGUUUGUGUUUGGGGAGCGUCGUCGUUGAUUUUAUUCCAAAUUAACGGAAGAUACCGCACGGGACAAAAAGAAAUCCUCAAUUAUGCUCUAACUGGGAUUUUCUUUUUCAAACUUGGGAGUUUGUCCCUCCAGGUUGAUUUUGUGGAUGUACAGUCAUAUUGAAACGCCGCAGCAACACAUUAGUGUUUUAAUUUUUUUGUAAUUAGGUGGGUGGACCAGUCCCUUUGUCGGUGCAGUAAUGGAGAGCCACUUGCUGCUGACAUGGAUGCUCAUGUGUUUGCUCCCGAAUACUUUGAAUGCACAGGCUGGUGCACCUGAGGGAGUUCUUAACUGCUGCGAGGGGGACGUCCUUUUCCUGUUGGAUUCCUCCGGCAGCGUGUCGUCCUAUGAGCACUCCCGCAUGCUCGACUUCCUGUCUGGGCUCCUCCUGCCAUUUUCCCUGGGGGAGGAUCAGGUGAGGAUUGGCCUUCUCCAGGUGGGCACCCAACCUCGCCUUGAGUUUGGCUUUGAUACCUUCCGCACUCAAAGUGGCCUGCAAGGGGCUUUGAGGGGCACCAAACCCCUCAGGGGGGACACCAACACCGUAGAGGCGCUGAAAAUUGCAAAGGAUCAAGUGCUGAGACCAGGACCUGUGGACGGGGCUCGUCCGGGGCUCCCGAGAGUGCUGGUGUGGCUGACGGAUGGAGUGAAACCGGGCGAUGUGAUUGGCCCAAUGACUGAGCUGAGGGAGGAGGGUGUGGCCGUGCUGGUGGUCUCCACCGGCCAUGGUAACUACCAGGUGUUGAGGCAAGUUGCGUCGCCACCUGUUGAGAACCACCUGUACUUCGUGGACAUUGAUGACAUGAGCAUCAUCUUAGAGGAUCUGCGAGAUGCCAUCAUCGAGAUAAUCCGCGCCGAACGUAUCAAUGUCCGGGAUGUGUCCUCUAACGCUGCCACGCUCCAGUGGCGACCUGUUCUGUCCGGUUUGGCGGGCUACUAUGAGAUCCGCUUUGGUCCACUUCCAUCAGGCGGGACAGGAACUGGAGGAAGCGGUCCUGGGACCAGUCCGAGCACUGGUGGGAGUCAUUACCAGAGACUGGUUCAAUCAUCAGAUUCCGACUCUGUCAGGCUAACAGGCCUAAAGCCUGACACCACCUAUACUGCGACUUUGACUCCAGAGUCCAAUGAACAAGCUUUUAACACUCUGUCGGUCACCUUCACGACACAAUCAGAAAUUCAAAGUCUGGCGAUGGUCACGGUGUCCGAGUCAGGGCCGACCAGUGUUCGAGUGAGCUGGGGUUCUCUCCAGCCGGAGGCUGUCACAAGUUACUUCAUAGAAUACUCUGCCCUGCCCACUGGAAAGCUACAUACUGUCACAGUGGACAAGCGGCAAAACUCUACACUCCUCAAGAACCUCCAACCGGAUAGCACCUACCUGGUCACUGUAAGCGCCCGGCAUUCAUCGGGGAAGGAGAAGGCAAUGUCGGUCAAAGCCUGCACGCAGGAAGAGACUCCAGCCCUGACUGACCUGCAGCUGACUACAGUGGACAGCCACUCGUUGCAGGUUGACUGGAAAGGAAGCUUUGAUGGUUUGAGGGGCUACUGGCUCACCUGGGAAGGACAACAAAGAGUGGCCCAGCGCUCUUCUUUCUACCUGCCGCCCAACUCUCUGUCGACGCGACUCACCAACCUUCCCCCUUCCGCAAGGGUUUGCGUGUCACCCAUUUAUAAGACAGCACGUGGGGAGGGACUGUGUUGCAUGGCAAAAUUUGCCUCAGAUGCGUCAACGUACGGCUACCGAUCAUAACACUGCCAUAGCAGCGAGUGCACCUAACCAAACAUGGAGGCUCACGGCAAAAAGAACAAUGUUGACUUUUCAUUCAGAAUUCUUUCCCAUGGCUCUCCUUGCUCCGUGAAUAUCAUCCAGGAAUGAUGUGUAGCUUGGCGUACUGAGCACUCGUCUGGAAAACAUAGACACUAAGGAGUGGUCCGCUACAAUGUGGAGCAUGCUGUCUGAAAAAAGUUGGAACACAAAAGAACUACUUGUGUUCAUAUUUCUAUUAGCUUGCCUGGUUGAAAUGUUUAUACUCUGUGUUAAUGCUUCCCCAGUCAGGUAUAAUUUUAGAAACAUAUCUCAAUUUAAAGAUUAUUUAAUAGAAUCCAACAAUCGUUUUUAAUGCAACAUUUUGUGUAUAGCUGUUCCAUUAGAGGCCCAUUGGAGUCUGUUAAAAACAAAAGCAUUCAAACUAAGAAAUGUAUCUCAGGUCUUUGUUGAAAGGCUAUGCUGAGUGUCCAUUGGGUGAUUGACGUGGCUUGUUUUGGAGAAUAUUUUGCACCAACGGGGCAGUAUUGCCCUAAGCAUUUGUUUUGAUUUAUUUUUUUUAUUAUACACCAUACCUGUAAGAGAAAAGUUAACAUUUUGGUCUAUUCUUAUAAGAAGUACUUAUGAACAUUGCAUUUGGCAACUCCUAAAUGACAAUGCACUGUUCUGUACCAACCCUUCAGUGUGACCUUUGACCAAGUAAAAUACAAAUGUCUUGAUUCCAUCAGUAAUAUUUAUUCACACCAGGUAACUGGGAUUAUAAUUAAAGUUAUUAAUAGUUAAUACACGAGUAUGACGUGCGUGGUCUUUUUCCAUAUCGAGGCUGUCACUGAUUUAGUCUUUGCUGCCCUCUACUGUCAACAAGCACAGCAGCUUACUUUUAUUAAAAGAGAUCGACGUCCGCUAAGAGUUAAAAAAACAAACCGAUAUUUUAUUUUUCUGUUGACCUGCUCUCUACUUUGUAACAUCAGCUCACAAUAAAGCCAUUUAAUGUUUUU